AUGGCACGAAACCUUGUACCGAAAGGACUAACCAGUUUGCUCUUUAUCUUGGUUCUAGCCACGGCCGUACAUUUAACCAAAGCUACGGAACUUAAAGAAACCAACCUGUCCCUCUACUUCCAAGACAUCUCAGCCCACGGCGCUGCCAAUGCCACGGUUGUCCCAGUUGCAGGUGUUGCCGGCAAGGCUUGGACAUUCACCCAAUUCGGAACGGUCUAUGUCACCGACAACUACAUCACCGAAACCUCAGACCCAAAUUCAGCUGCAGUCGGCCGUGGCCAAGGCAUGUACGUGACAGCCGGGUUGGACGGCUUGAAUUCACAUGUUAUGAUAUCAUUAGUGUUCACAAACGACGAGUACAGUGGAAGCACCAUACAAAUACAAGGUAUUAGCAAGCAGUUUGAGCCUGUUAGAGAGGUUGCGGUUGUGGCAGGAACAGGGAAAUUCCGGUUUGCUAGGGGCUAUGCCACUUUUGAGACACACUUCUUGGACAUUCCCACCCAGUACGCGAUCAUCCGGUGCAAUGUCACGGUGCAACAUUACUAG